AUGCCCGUCAAGCGCUCUGUGGGUCUUUCACCCACGGAGCUAUCCCGACGGGCAUCUCGCUGCCGGGCCAGACCCAGCAGCGGGCACGCGGGGUGGCUCGGCUGGCGGUGGUCCAGGUGGGCUUCCUGGAGGAGGUGGCGUUUGGGCCGAGACCUGCUGGGAAGGACCCGGCCUGGGCAAGAUCGGGGAACCGGGUGGCAGCUCAACCAGAAUGUAAGUUCUUUCCAAAGGAAAUUUGUGGGUGAGGUGAAGCGGUGUGAAGAGCUGGAGCGGAUCCUGGCAUACCUGGUGCAGGAGAUUCAAAGAGCUGACAUCCCGCUCCCCGAGGGCGAGACCAGCCCCCCUGCCCCGCCUCUGAAGCAGGUCCUGGAAAUGCAGGAGCAGCUGCAGAAGCUGGAGGUGGAGCUGAGGGAAGUCACGAGGAACAAGGAGAAGCUGCGGAAGAACCUGCUGGAGCUGAUCGAGUAUCGGUGGGGCUGGCAGUUCCUGCCAGUCCUGCCGACGACGUGUGGCUUUUGCCGGGGACGUGUGACCUCAGCCUUACUUUUCAGUUGGAUGAUCCCACACGAGAAAAAGCGACUUUCAGCUCUAAAAUCCAGGCCUUAUUUCCGAAUUGCUAAGAGGAAAGGGUUUGAGCCCACGUAUGAAGAAUUCUCCGCCUUGGACAGCGACUCCUUGCUGGACUACAGCUCUAUGCAGAGGCUGGGAGCGAAACUGGGAUUCGUGUCCGGCCUCAUCCAUCAGGGGAAGGUGGAAGCGUUUGAGAGGAUGCUGUGGAGGGUCUGCAAGGGGUACACCAUCGUGACCUACGCAGAGCUGGAUGAGUCCCUCGAGGAUCCGGAAACGGGAGAAGUCAUCAAGUGGCACGUGUUCCUCAUCUCCUUCUGGGGCGAGCAGAUCGGCCACAAGGUGAAGAAGAUCUGUGACUGUUACCACUGCCACAUCUACCCGUACCCCAGCACCGCCGAGGAGCGCCGUGAGAUCCAGGAGGGGCUGAGCACCCGCAUCCAGGACCUGUACACGGUGCUGCACAAAACCGAGGACUACCUCAGGCAGGUGCUGUGCAAGGCGGCCGAGUCGGUGUACAGCCGCGCCGUCCAGGUGAAGAAGAUGAAAGCCAUCUACCACAUGCUCAACAUGUGUAGCCUCGACGUGACCAACAAGUGCCUCAUCGCCGAGGUCUGGUGCCCCGAGGCCGACCUGCCGGGCCUGCGCCGUGCGCUGGAGGACGGCUCGAGAGAGAGCGGUGCUACCAUCACCUCGUUUAUGAACACGAUCCCGACGACAGAAACGCCCCCCACCCUGAUCCGCACCAACAAGUUCACCGAGGGCUUUCAGAACAUCGUGGACGCCUACGGCGUGGGCAGCUACCGGGAGGUGAACCCAGCUCUCUUCAGCAUCAUCACUUUCCCCUUCCUGUUCGCCGUGAUGUUCGGGGACUUCGGACACGGCUUCGUGAUGUUCUUGUUUGCCCUCCUGUUGGUGUUAAAUGAAAACCACCCGAGGCUGAGUCAGUCACAGGAGAUCCUGGGCAUGUUCUUCAACGGCCGGUACAUCCUCCUGCUGAUGGGGCUGUUCUCGGUGUACACGGGCCUCAUCUACAACGACUGCUUCUCCAAGUCCGUCAACCUCUUCGGCUCCGGCUGGAACGUGUCUGCCAUGUACAGCGCCAGCCACGCCCCGGCGGAGCGCCGGAAAAUGGCGCUUUGGAAGAUUUGGAACUUGGCCACAAAUCGCCUCACUUUCCUGAACUCUUUCAAAAUGAAAAUGUCUGUGAUUUUAGGAAUUAUCCACAUGACUUUUGGAGUCGUUCUGGGAAUAUUUAACCACUUGCAUUUCAGGAAGAAGUUCAACAUCUACCUGGUGUCGGUCCCCGAGCUGCUCUUCCUGCUCUGCAUGUUCGGGUACCUCAUCUUCAUGAUCAUCUACAAGUGGCUGGUCUACUCGGCGGAGACCUCCCGGGCGGCCCCCAGCAUCCUCAUCGAGUUCAUCAACAUGUUCCUGUUCCACAGAAGGAUGCGGCCUGCUGGACACGGUGCUGCGGGCGCUGGACAGGCCGUACCAUCCAGACUCCCUGCCACAGUCCGGCUGGCAUGGCUCAGGGCCCUCGUCAUCGUCGUCAUUGGUGCUGGAAUCGCUCUGGGCCCAGAAGGCGGCCCUGGGCGUGCACUUGCUCUGAGCUCCUUGCUUGUGGAGGAAGGGAUGUCGGGCUUGAGUGGGUACACGCUGGUCAGGAAGGACAGUGAGGAGGAGGUGUCUCUGAUGGGCAGCCAGGACAUAGAGGAGGGGAGCACCCCGCUGGAGGACGGCUGCAGGGAGGUGACCUGUGAAGAGUUUAACUUUGGAGAAAUAUUGAUGACCCAAGUGAUCCACUCCAUCGAGUACUGCCUGGGCUGCAUCUCCAACACCGCGUCCUACCUGCGGCUCUGGGCCCUCAGCCUGGCCCACGCACAGCUGUCCGACGUGCUGUGGGCCAUGCUGAUGCGCGUGGGCCUCCGCGUGGACAAGACCUACGGGGUCCUGCUGCUGCUCCCGGUGAUGGCGCUCUUCGCCGUGCUGACCAUCUUCAUCCUGCUGGUCAUGGAGGGGCUGUCUGCGUUCCUCCACGCCAUUCGCCUCCAUUGGGUGGAAUUUCAGAACAAAUUCUAUGUUGGUGCAGGCACCAAAUUUGUUCCUUUCUCAUUCAGACGACUUUCAUGGAAGUUCAGCGACGACAGGGCGUGACUGCAGCGCUGCAGCCGCCGGGCUUUCCCAUUGACGGAGGAUUAUCAUGUUGUAGAAAUUCACUUGUGUCCGAUUUACGAUCAGAAAAAUUCUGUCUUCAUUGAUUGCCUUAGGACCUAGCCAAAUAAUUCUAUCCGUGUCAGGACGGCCAGGUUUUCCCGGUUUCGUUCUGUGUGUUCAUGGAUUCCUAAAACAUCAAACCAGGGAUUUCUUCCGUCACCUAGAAUCCGAGUUCAUCCUCGAAGGUGGAGAGCAUCCUUGUGGUGACGUAGUCAUGGUCCGCUCGGAAGUCCUCAGGUGUUCUGAUGGGGUCACGGGGAGCCCCGGGCUUUCCGUUCAUCGUGGACGUGACUUUGCAAAGACUCGCCUCACCGAAUGCCCCGCUUCCUCCCUUCCGCCCGGGUAUUUUGUAGCAGCCUUCGGCUCCGUGUCUACCUGCAGUAUUGGGUGAGGCGUAGCACAUCUGUAGCACAGGCAGCGCUUACGGACGUUUUAGGUCCGUGUGGUUUGGAAAACAGAAACGCAAAGUAACUUCAACCGCUGCUCUGCAGUCUGCGUUUCUUGACUGAAAUGCCGAAGCCAGGUUUGCUGGCAUGCCACCUGGUCUCCCUCCAGCAAGAUGACUGAGGCAUCGCAAUCCAGACCAGGACACGGCAGUCCCAGGCACGGCCUGGCAGCCGGCACCGAGCUGAGCUCUGGCUUAGGGUUGUAAGGAGCCCUUAGAACUCGCCACUCGCUUCCUAGUGGGAAACCGACCAGGGCGAGUGCUGAGGUCGGCCCGGAAGGGGGGGGCUCCGAGCUGAGCAGACACCGGUGGACAGGCCCUGGCGCCCCGGAUGCACUAGGACACGUGCGUCUUCCUCUCAGUAUUGAACUUUUUACUAAUGAAAAUAAAUCUAUAUUUUUAAACCGUGA